AUGAGCCUUUUUGCAUUGGUCUUGACUCUGGUCGCCAUCGCCCCUUCUCUGGCAGUGAGGAGUGGUAUCCACGAACGGAAAUUGAACUUGACCUUGACAUGGGAGAUUUUACCGACCAACAGCCAACAGCAACUCCGCGGGUUGUCGCCAGUGUCGGACCAAAUAGCCUGGGUAUCCGGUACAGGAGGGACAGUUCUUCGCACCACCGAUGGCGGUGCUUCGUGGCAAUCAGUUGGCCCCAGAUUGUCAAUCGAAGACGCUGACCUGCAGUUCCGCGAUGUGCAGGCGUUCUCGGCGGAAAAGGCUGUCAUCCUGUCUAUUGGCGAAGGAGCGGAUUCGCGCAUUUACAUCACGGCCAAUGGCGGGGAGUCUUGGACGCAAACCUUCGCUAAUGAGGAGGCAUCCGCGUUUUUCAACUGCGUCGAUUUCGAGGACGAUGAGAGGGGGAUUGCCGUGAGCGACCCAGUCGAUGGCAAGUUCCGUUUGAUAGAGACGCUUGAUGGGGGUAGCUCUUGGACUAUCGUGGACCCCAGCGGGAUGUCCCCUGCUUUGGAGGGAGAAUUCGGAUUCGCGGCCAGCGGAACUUGCAUCUCUACCGCAGCGGGCCGAUGGUAUCUCGCAUCGGGUGGCAUCGAUCCCGGCAGAGUCUUCCGGAGCUCAGAUGGGUACCAGUGGGAUGUCUCGGGCAGUGCGAUUGCGGGUGGUGCCUCGGCCGGGGUGUUCUCGGUACGAUUCAAAGAUGCGCACAACGGCAUUGCAACUGGAGGCGACUUCAACGUGGCUAAUGGUUCCCUCCACACAUCAGCGUGGUCCGAGGAUGGCGGAGAGACCUGGACAGCAUCGGAGGUGUUCCCGGGCGGAUACCGAUCGGGCUCGUCAUGGGCCCCGGGGCUGUGUGGGGUGGCUGUCGCUGUUGGACCUUCCGGAUCCGAUAUCACGCUUGAUGGUGGGACGACUUGGGUUACAUUUGACAGAGGCUCGUUUGACGCAGUCGAGUGCGUCUACGGCCGAGUCUGCUGGGCGUCCGGGUCAGCCGGAAGGGUGGGCAAGCUUUUGUUGAGUUGA